CCAUUCCAUUUUUCAAAUCAAAGGAGGAGAAAAAUGAACUUCGGAUAUCACUCCCGGAAAGUAAGACUAGUCAGAGUGAGAGUCUUCCAAAUAUGUCUCUAUUCCUGCAAACACAUUACACACUCUCUCUACCUUCACCGCGUUACGCUUCUCGCUUCUCAAAUCGAAACCCUAACUCUAACCCCUACAAUUUCUCCCCUCUAAUCCCCACCACACCUCCCAAAUCCCCAUUCCAAUUUCCCAAUAACCGUUCUCCGCCCUCUACUGUCUCCGCCUCCCGCCGGGACACUUCAGAAACGCCGCAGCUCAAGUUGCCCCUGGCCCUAGUGCACGUAACUGUCUCCGCCGUGCUGUUUCUCUGCUGUGGCAUUCGUGCUUGUUCGGCAUCUUCGCCUCCUCUAACCACCACCGUGGUUCAGCAGGAACAAACUAUUCAAGAUGAUAAUGAUGCAAGGAAACAAGAUGGCAGUGAAAAGAUAGAUGUAGAUAAGGAGUUAGAAGCAUCUUUUAAUGCUUGGAAGUCUAAAACCUAUGCAUUGACUGUUCCUUUGAAAGUUGUUGCUUUGCGUGACUCUAUUCCUCCUUCAUGGAUCAAGGACUUCAUAAAUUCUCAAGGGAAGAGAAUGUCAUUUAACGUGAAGUAUUAUGCAAGUCUUGAGAGCAUCUUCUCUAAUCUAUCCCUUCCCUUUACCAAAGGAAAUCUUGGCCCAACAUCUGCUUUGGCAGCUGAUAUUGUUGGUAUUGGUGAUUCAUGGCUCAAAUUUGCCAUUAAAAAAGCUGUAAUUGAGCCAAUACAGGAUGUAGAUGGCCAGGAAUGGUUUAAAAGCUUAGCAGAGAAAUGGAAGGUAUAUCUACGCAGGAACCGUGAGGGAGAAAUGGAUCCUGAAGGUGAUGUAUGGGCUGCCCCAUAUCGAUGGGGUUGCAUGGUAAUAGCAUACAAGACAAAUAAUUUUCAAAAGUAUAAGUUGGCUCCUAUAGAGGACUGGGCUGAUCUGUGGCGGCCUGAUCUUGCGGGGAGGAUUUCCAUGGUAGAUUCUCCUAGAGAAGUUGUUGGUGCGGUAUUAAAGUAUAUGGGGGCUUCCUAUAAUGCAAAUGACAUCAAUUUGGAAGUUAAUGGUGGGAGAGAUGCAGUUAAACAUAAUUUAGCAUUGCUUGCAAAACAGGUUCGACUCUUUGAUAGUGAAAACUAUCUAAAGGCUUUUGGAGUUGGAGAUGUGUGGGUAGCUGUUGGAUGGAGUAGCGAUAUUAUUCCUGUUGCUAAACGCAUGUCUAAUGUUGCAGUUGUCGUCCCAAAGUCUGGAGCGAGUUUAUGGGCAGAUCUUUGGGCAAUUCCUGGUGCCUCUCGGAUUCAAACUAGUCAGAUUGGUGGGCGCGUCAGGGGACCGUCCCCAUUAAUCCAUCAGUGGAUAGAGUUUUGUCUACAAUCUGCUAGAGCACUUCCCUUUAAGCAGGAGGUGAUUCCAGGUGCCUCUCCCCCUCUUCUUCAAGGUCAUUCCGCCAAUGUGUCCUUGGAGUUGACCAAGGGUAGGCCAAGGCUAGACACCAAUCUCAUUGAUGGAGCACCACCACCUAACAUUUUAGAAAGGUGUGAGUUUUUAGAGCCAUUAUCUAAUUCAGCAGUAUCAGAUUACCACUGGUUGCUUGACUCAAUUCAAAAACCUGGCAAUGGAUUGAUACACACGGUGCGUCAGUAUAUCUCAUCAGUGGUCUCAUUUUCUGGAUGAUUUCAUUCAAAUCUGACUUGAACACAUUUAUUGGACCCUGAAAUACAUACCACAAAUAUGUGAUUUUAAUGUCCAAAAACAUCAAAGGGUUUGGUUGAUGUUGUUUGAAGACUUGCAGAGGUCGAUUUUCAAGAUUAUUUGGUUGUAAUAAUGCUGGAGCUGUCCAUUCGCUUGCCCUCUUUAACAUCGAGAGACUUAAAACUUUUCUGUAAAAUUCAUAAAUAAAAAAAGUCAUUAAUGUAUAAGCAUUUGAAGUAGGUUAAUGCUAACAUGUGUCCCACUAGCAUAAGAUAAUGAUUUAUUUGUAGAAAUAUUUUUUUGGAA